UCCGUCUGCCAUGAUCUCUUUCGGUAUUUCGGUAAAAUUAUCAGUGCAGAAAAGAUAAUUUUUUCGCGACAAAAACAAAAGUGUAUAACUGAGUCUCUCUGUACAGCUUGCCGGUUAGUUUGGCAGAUUGAACGUGUUACAAUCUGGAAAAGUUGCAGGAAGUUUAUACAAAUUAAGGUCCACUACCCAUACUAUACCUUCAAAGAAACAUUCGCAAAACCGUGCGGUACUGCAGCAGCAGCAGCAGCAGCAGCACCGAGUAUGUGUGUGGUUGCCGAAAGACCGCAAAAUUAAGACGUAAUCUUUCCGCUCCGGACAACUGAAGUGGAUUAUUGCAAGUGAAGUCGUACAGCUGCCGCGCAGUGCAAUUUGAUCGCAAACACUUUAGGCUUUCAGCUUGCUUUCGAAAACACCCGAAACGAUCGUGGCCGUGAUCAUCGGUUGAUCACCGUCUAUAUCUAUAUUUUCUACCAACCAUUUCUACCGGUUCCGGUGCGGACUAGCGCGCAGGCCGUCAAAAUUAGUGGCGAAACACGAGUACGCAAAAUGUCCCUCAGCUCGGACUCGCCGGAUGCGAAAAAGCCCUGCAAGGGCAUCCUCAAGUCCUCCAGCAGCUUCGACAAGCAUUCGGCGGCAUCGUCAGUGCACAGGAAAAGUGCAAAGUUUGAUGAGCUCAAUGUGCUGCAGACGCACCACCCGCCCGAUAAAGAUUACGGCCACAUGAAGGUGGACGAGCCGAAGACGCCCUACAACUACGUAGAAUCGGACGACGUUGAUCAAUUGGAUGCGGAGCUGCUCGCCGAAAGAUUACGUGCAGCCGACGCACGGAGCGAUGCCGUCUCGGAGGAGGACCUGGACGAUGACGACGACGACGAGGAGGAGGAGGAGCUGACGGAGGAGCAGAAAAAGCGCAAGCUAGAGUUUGAGCGACGCCGCAAAGCGCACUAUAACGAGUUCGAGGCGAUCAAGCUCGCCCGCAAGCUGAUCGAGGAGGACGAUGAGGAGGACGAGGACGAGGAUGGCGAGGAGCAGCGGAGCAAAGCGACCGGCUCGUCGUCGUCGUCGGGCCCGAGCACAGUCAACCCUGCCGGUGCGAUUGCGGUCGACGGUUCGGCCGGUAAGGAGGAAACCGGCAUGGAAAUUGAGGAGAUCGAGGAACCGAGCGGGCGCACAGCGAAGACGGCCGAUAGUCCGGUGGCACGGUUAAAACCAGGUAUGGAGGAAAUUGUCUAGACGGUGCUGUAGUGACACCGUGGCGUGUGCUCCCACCUGCCCCGGGCGGGGGAGCCGCGCGUUAACAUGUACGCUUCCAGCACCGGAUGCCCCCGUGUGGAACUCCGGCUUUUUACACCGCAUUGUCCGUACACAGACACAUGAACACACACACACAUAUACAGAGAACAACACACAGACACAUACACACACACAUGUAACGUGGAGUGAUAAAAAUCUAAGGUCCUAAAGACUGCCAAUCUGCCAUUUUUUGAGCUGUUGCAUGCGGUUACACACCGCAUCUACUGAAUGUUGUUCGUUUUGGAAAAGAGAGAGCAAAAGAUAGAGGAGAGAGAGAGAAAGAGAGAGAGAAAGAGAGAAGUUUCCAUUCUUAUAUGCAUCAAAAUCUCUUCCAUUUAUUUUCGGUAGGAACUUUCCAUACAUUCACCAAGUGGAUAAGCUGGUGAAAGUGUUGGAAUUGUUUAUUUUUUGUAUCACAAUUACGCUUGAUCUGUGUUGUGUCCGUGUGUAUGGAUAAAAGCGGGCAAACCCCGUUAUAUUGAGCGCUAGUAGUGUUAUCCGUACUGUAGCGCUUUGUCUGGCCAGAGAGACGAUCUGAUGAAAACUAUACUUUAGGGACAAGAUGGUGUAGUAUACCAAGCCACCAAACAGUAUGAAUUGCUGACGCGUUUAGUCAUAUAGAAAUAUGGUCCGAUUUGUAGGAAAACACACAUCUAUUGUACACGACAAGCUCAAAUUCAACACAAUCACUGAUUUCGGUACAUGAGGAAGUAAGAAUUAUCAAUAAUUUUGUAAAGAUUUCAGCAGCAAAGUUGCUCAUUUACGCGCCAAUGUGUAAGCAUCCUGAUUUGAAUAUGAUGAUCUCUUAAUUUGAUUUUCCAUUUGUUUCCCUCCUUCUUUCUUUUUCUUCAAUGUACUUUUGUCACCCAUUCUUGUCCGUGCUAAUGCCCGCGCUCGCGUAUUGUAAUUGACGAAUGAAUUUAAACCUUUUUUUACCCCAUUACUGUAUUCGCGUGUAUUGCAUGUGUGGCAUGGCGUUUUUUUCCGGUCUGUCUUUCUACUAUGUGCGCUACUACCAGUAUCGAGCUCGAUCAUACUGGAGGAAUGUUCCGAAAUGCAGGGCCCCCGCAGCACGGUCAUUGCGCUGAUCAUGAUCGUGUCGAUAUGUUUAAUGAUAUUCUUUAUCGUAUGCUUCACGUUGCUGUUUUACCUGCUGAAACGGAAUGACGAUUAACGAUAGCUUUAUGUGCAGAAGUGUGUUUCCCUGUUUCUAUGAUUUUUUUUUUGUCAUUUGUGAGUGAGAAUUUACAUCUAGAUAGGAUGAGGAUCGUUUUCUUUAUGCACCUAGAAGAAGGGAAAUAUUAAUUAAGCAAUUAUGUGCGUGUGUAGGUAGACCCGACUGUUCAAUCAAAUGCUAAGGGGCAAAUUUAUCAACCAUCGAGCGAGUUUAGUUUAUUAUUUGUGUACUGAUUUUUGAGUGGCGUGAACGCAACCUAACCCAUAUGAUAAUAUGAUUGAAUUUUAAAUAACCUCGCACACAAUGGUUUAUUUGUUUCUAGUAGUAUAGUUUCUUUUGGUAAAAAAACUACGCUCCCAUUUAAGAAAUUAAUUGAUUUAUUUUAAUAAGGUUCCUUUUUUUGCAACGGGGUAGUAUGAGUGUGUGCUGCUGAAGAAGCGAAAUGUAGGAAAUGCUGAAGAGAAAUGUAGGAAAAUGUUUAGCUUGUUUUCCACCCGCCACACACACCACAUGUCGACUAACAUAACCCAAAUACCUCUCUCUCUCUCUCUGUGUAUUACCAGUUGUUAGGAGAUUUUUGUUUUUUCCUAAUAAUUUUGAUCAUGUUGCUAUCAGAAACAACUAGCCAAUCAGUGCUCCAUCAGUGUCACGUUUGCUGUGUGUUGUGUUUUUGGUAACAGUUUCUGCGUGAAAAGCGUGCGCGCGUGUGUGUGUUUUAGCAGCAUCCAGCAGCAGCAAACGCAGCAGCAGCAGCAACAACAGCCGGGAUGUAAUGUUGAGUACUUGCUCUGGUGUACCGGGAUCGGAUCGAUAGACCACUGCACAUCUUUUGUAGCGUCACCGUCGGCUUCAUGAUCAUGAUCGAUCUCUGAACCGGAGCAAUAUAAUCGAGCCGAACCGGAUAGAUUGGGAAACUAUCUAUAGCUGGGUAAAAGAUUGCUGCACAAUCAAAUCAAAUCCGGGUUUUGAUCCGCUAUCGGUACCGGUGGGGGUGUAGUCGGCAGAACAAUGAUAGAACUUAUUACCAGUACACCUGCUGAAUGAGGCAGGAGCGUAAACGUAAUACCAAUACAUAGAUGAUAGGCGCUUAGUAUAGAUAACAAUAAUUUUUAUAAUUUCCGUUUGCUUGAACAAAACAAAAACCGGUUGGCACGCGAUAUUGUGACGUGCUUGCUUGCGUAAUACCAGCAAGCGUAAUAAAUGGGAGGAAAGAAGAAGAAAAAAGAAACUAAAAAAAAGAAUAUCGAAGUAAAACAAAAACAUUCAUAAAAUAAAAGCAUAAAAAUGGUCAAAAUUCAAUUAUAAAAAAGAGAAGAAUAACAUAACAUACACAUACGGUCGAAACCAAACGAACAAACUAAGCAAUAUAAGUACUGCAAUUGAAAAAAAAACUAAACAAGAACACUUCAUAGUUUCAAGAUGUAAGCAAAAGAAGGAGAAACCCUAAUUAAAAUGUCUAAGGCUGGCAAAGAAAAGAAGAACCGGUCUCUUGUUGAGCGUAACAUUUUAAAAACAGUCAAGGGUACCAACCACCUAAUAUGAGAUAAUCAAAAUGAUAAAACAAACAAGAUAAAAAAAAAACAAAAACAGAAACACGCAAAAAUAGCUUACAAAAUAAAGAAAAGUGUCCCACAAGUAAAGCAAAUAGAUAAGAUAAGAAAGUAAAAGCUUAUUUGUAAUAAUAAAAAAAGAAAUGCAAGAAGGAAGUGGAAGCAGUUCAGCAGGAACUGUCGGCUGUUUUACAACAACUCGCGUUAGGAGGAAAAGUCAUGUAGCGUCGUGAACGGAUCUGUUGUUAUUUAAUUAGCUGCGAGGAAUUUGUUAAUGUGUAACCACGGCCACGGGUCAAGCAGAUUUGCAUGCGAAAUGUCUCAAAAUUAAACUAAAAAACGCAUUACACGCAUUUGGGCAGCGUUUGAAGCACAGCAAACUAAACCAUUGGAAGAGAAGAGGAUCUGCUUUAUUGUACAGUUUAAGAAAAAACACACUCACACACAACAUAGAAAGCAAUAGAUUCCUUUUUAAUCGUGACGAAACAAUUGGCUGAUUAUAAGAAGCGAUGUUGUGAAAACUUGUAAGACACAUAAACACAUGUAUUUAUUUUGUCCCAGCACUGCUUAGAAAUAGAGGCCAUUCGAGGCCCAGGCCUAGCUUCAUACCACCGUCUCAUCCAUCCAGAACCGAUUGUUUGUUUUAAAGAUAGUCAGUUUUGCAGCUAUAAAUGCACCCGGUUUGUUAUGAGUGAGAGGACGGGCCGAGAAGUACUGGAGUGAGAUUUAGUUUUUAAUUUUAAUUCAUAGUUAAAGUUUGUAACGCAAGCUUGUGCGAGCGCCCCGUUGCUUCACCGUUUUAUUCGAUAGGAGUGGUAACGUUGAGUGGCAUCUGGUUUAGUGGCUUAGAGUAGUAGGGGUUUUCGUGGGAAGGCGUAGUAGAAGCGAAUGCGUUGGAUUGGAAAUUGAAAAUAUGUUAGCAAAAUCAAUCAAAAACGGAAUCAGCAUGAAAACAAGCAAUAGAGUGAAAGUGAUGUGGCAGCGAGGGCAGCGGACGAGCAGCGUGAGUUAAAGGAAUUUUCUUGAAUAAAUUAAAAUCGUGAAUUGAA